AUGACCGAUAUUCGAGACCAAGACAGCGAGUACAUGCUAGCGUUCUCCGACGACGCAAGUUCUCCGUCUCCAGAAACGGUCAACGAGCACAAUCGUACCACCAAACCAGGCAACCAGAACACCGUAUCUGAACAAGAUGGACAAGAUGAAAAUCAAACCCACCGGGCCCGCACUGAUCUCGACGAGCGCUCAGUCUACUUAGGAAAUCUCCACUACGCUGUUUUGCCUAUCGAAUUGGAAAAGUUCUGUAGCCCUAUGGGGAAAGUGGAUAAGGUAACAAUUAUCGUGGACCGCUACUCCAGCUUACCAACGGGAAUUGCGUUUGUCGCAUUCAAGGAAAAAAAGAGCGCAGAAAAAGCUGUUGAGGAGCUUGACGGGAAAAUUCUACACGGCAGACAGACCAAAGUGAGAGCCAAGGUUGCAAAGUCUUCUCGUGAUGACACGCUGAGUGUCAGAGGCAGAGGAGCGUUCAGAGGAAGAGGAAGAGGAUCUUCAAGAGGAAGAGGACGAGGCCGUGGGAGAGGAAGGGGCAGAGGUGGCAAAGGCAGAGGCUCAGGAGGUACGGGUGGAGAUCAUGCUGCCUAG